GGGGGCGUGUCAUCGCGCGUUCAGCCAGCGUGCGUACAGACGUAAAGCAGCAACUGGAACAACAGAGUGGACAUGGAGGACAUACUGCUGUGGAUUGUGGGGGUGCUGUUACUCCUGUUCUGCAGUCUGGAUGUGUGGUAUUAUUUACGGGUAGUGGUUGUGCUGGUUAGGGCCUGGUUCCUCUCACCCGUAUUUGACAUCACAGCAGAGCAGACCGCUAGCGGACGAGUCGUUCUUCAUGACAUUGACCUUUGCCACAUGAACAAUGCACGCUACCUACGCGAGUGUGACUUUGCCCGUUUCUCUCUGUACUCCCGCAAUGGGGUGUUCAAGGCUUUAAGAGCUCUACGGGCCACCGUGGUCGUUGGGGCAACUACCAUCCGCUAUAGACGGCCUCUGUGUGUCGGUGAGGCCUUUGAGAUUCGCAGUCGAAUCAUUACCUGGGAUGAGAAGUCAUUUUAUCUGGAGCAGAGGUUUGUGUCUUGUAAAGAUGGGAUGGUGUCGGCUGUUAUGUUCUGCAAACAGAAUGUCCUUCGAAGCAGUCCGGACAAGAUCCUGCAACACCUGUGCAAGAGAAAGGUUGACGUGCCAGAAUUUCCUGAAGACCUGCAGCACUGGAUCAAUUUCAUCUCAGCCAGCAGUAAAGCCCUCCGGGGGGAAAGUCAGCUCGAUGAUAAAAAGAACGAAUGACAGCUCACUGCCUUAAAUGACCUCUCAAACACUGGUUUACAAACAAGAACACACUGAGGCACAUUCAGGAAUGUCUCAGGUGUUUGCAUACUCCAAUUCAGAAUUAAACUGUGAGCUCUGCUGUAAUCUAGAAGCCUGAUUCAUGCUGCAUUAUAAAGUGUGUAUACUGUAAGAUUGCAAAUAUGUAGAAAUACUUUCUUAAAAACAAUGGAUGAACAAAAGAGAAAAUAAUAUCUUCUGUUGUAUUACUGCCACUGACUGUACUGGAGUGUGAAGAAUUACUACAUAGAGAAACACAACAAUAAUAAUAAAUAAAUUUUAUUAUUACCA